AUGACAACUGAGGCAACCAUUCCUGACAGUGAAAAAGUGCGUAUCGUUUCGGAUUUUCUUCAACAUGCUCCACCCGGUGAAUUCAACGAGGUCUUCAAUGCUGUGCGUAUGCUGCUUAAUAAUGACCAGUUGUUGAAAGAGGGUUGCGCACAAGCUAUUACGAAAUACAACGAGAGUCAAUUUGUACCAGUAAAACUAGAAGGAGUUGAGAAACAGACCUUGGUAACACCUUUCAACGACAUUGGCGGCGGGCGCUAUGUCGACGAUGCCUCGAAGAAGUCUUUCAAAUAUGAUCACCUUCGAAAAGAAGCAAGCGAUAUUCAAUCAAAUCCUGCAGAAUCGGGUAACACCGACUCAUGGCGUGCAGCCUUACAAAAGGAAUUGGACGCAUAUAUCGACGACCAUUACACUAAGUCUGGAGUCGGAUGUGUUUUUGUUCGUCAUGGCAAUUUCACAUUGUGCAUAGAAUCACAUCAAUUUCAACCAAAGAAUUUUUGCAAUGGGCGCUGGCGAUCAGAAUGGAAGGUACCCGUUGGAGAUGGCAAGACUGGUAGCCAGGAGUUGGUUGGAAAGAUUAAAGUGCAGGUGCAUUAUUACGAAGACGGUAAUGUGCAAUUGUUUUCUGAGAAAGACGUUAAUGUUAAAAUACAAGUGACUAGCGAUCUCGAAAAGACAGCCAAGGAAAUCGUGUCCGCGAUUCGUGAUGAGGAGGGUAAAUAUCAGGUUAGCGCAAUUUUCCUGUUACUUUUUCUCUUUCUCUUCUCCUCUUUCUUUGUUUUCGCUAAAUCUCACCUUUUUUAG